AUGCUUUUCAACCGCCUCUUCCCCGCGGUCGUUGCGCUGCUCCCCGCCCUUGCCUCCGCCUCAGCGCCCGCAUCCUCCGUUAUCGACCUCACACCCAAGAACUUCGAUGAAGUCGUCCUGGAGUCUGGCAAGCCCGCCCUUGUCGAGUUCUUCGCCCCGUGGUGCGGACACUGCAAGAACCUUGCUCCUAUCUACGAGGAGCUCGCCACCGGCUUUCAGCACGCCGCCGGCAAGGUCUCGGUCGCGAAGGUCGAUGCGGAUGAGCACAAGUCCCUGGGCAAGCGCUUCGGCGUCACAGGGUUCCCUACAUUGAAGUGGUUCGACGGAAAGAGCGACAAGCCCGAGGACUACAAGGGCGGCCGUGACCUUGAGAGCCUUACCAAGUUCAUCACAGAGAAGACGGCCGUCAAGCCCAAGACCAAGGGCAAGCUGCCCAGCGCUGUCACUUACCUCGACGACCAGAGCUUCAAGCAGAAGGUUGGAAAGGACCAGGAUGUGCUUGUUGCUUUCACUGCGCCGUGGUGCGGACACUGCAAGACCCUCGCCCCCAUCUGGGAGGCUCUCGCCAGCACCUUCGUCAAUGAGCCCAACGUUCUGGUCGCCAAGGUCGACGCCGAAGCCGAGAAUGCUAAGGCUCUCGCUAAGGAGCAGGGCGUCUCCUCGUACCCUACCAUCAAGUUCUUCAAGAAGGGUUCCACUGAGCCCACCCCCUAUGAGGGCGCCCGCUCUGAGGACGCGUUCGUCCAGUAUCUGAACAAGAACUCCGGCACCCACCGCGCUGUUGGCGGCGGUCUUGAUGCCACCGGCGGCACCAUCGAGGCUUUCGACACCGUCAUCGCCAAGUUCCAGUCUGCCUACGGUGACGGCGUUGAGGAGGCCACGACCCUCGCCUCGACUCUGAAGGACAAGUACGCUCAGUACUACGUCAAGGUCUUCCAGAAGAUUGGUGCCAACAAGGAGUACGCUGAGAAGGAAUCCAAGCGUCUGCAGGGCUUGAUCAGCAAGGGCAACCUCGCCCCCGAGAAGCUCGACGACUUGAUCAGCAGGAGCAACAUCCUGAGGAAGUUCUUGGGCACAGACGACAAGAGCGAGUUGUAG